UCUCCCAGAAGGCGUCGCGCCGCUGCGGUCCUCCUCAACCUGAGGCGGCGCGCACCAAUCGUCGCCGGCGGCCUGUGCGGACAGUCGGAAGGGCGAGGGCAGGGCUGGGUUUCUCGCGCCUAGUUUCCCGGUCCCUAGCGCCUCGGUCUCUGAGCCGUCCCCAGCCAGCGCCCAGGGGCCGCAGAGGCCGGAAGAGGUGAGGAGCGCUGCGAGGGUGGGAGCCGGGCUGCGGCCUCUGGGGCGAGGAGCGAGUGCGUUGCUGGCGGCACCUACCCGGGAGCGAGCCCAGUGCGGGCUCCGAGUAGCGCAGCCGACUGUGCUUGAGCUUGGCUCUCUGACAGAUUAACUUCAGUAAGAGGUGACUCCUGAAGUCCCCAGAAACAAGUAUUAUCUGUGAUUGCAAGGCAUCAUGGCUGCAAAAGUGGUUCCUAUGCCUGCAAAGCCAAAGUCCUUUAUUCUGAGAGUUCCUCCUGACUCCAAACUGGGCCAAGACCUACUUCGAGAUGCCACUAGUGGACCUAAGACCAUCCACCAGCUGGUACUAGAACACUUCCUCACCUUCUUGCCCAAGCCAAGCCUGGUCCAGCCCAGUCAGAAAGUCAAGGAGACCUUGGUUAUUAUGAAGGAUUUGAGCUCAAGCCUUCAGAACAGAGUGCAUCCUCAACCUUUAGUGAAGAUUCUGCCUAGAGAAGGAAUCCAGCAGAAACAGGCAGUGUCUCUGUGUGUGAAAGCUAACCCUGAGGAACUGGUUUUUGAAGAUUUGAAUGUAUUUCACUCUCAAGAAGAAUGUGUGAGCCUGGAUCCUGUUCAGCAACCCACCUCAGAGAAGGAGGGUGACAGUGAUGUUGGAGAGAUGGUGUUAUUAGUCAAUGACAAUAAUCCUGAGGGUGAAGACCUUCAAAAGGAAUCUGUCGAGAAUGCAGAUUUGAGAGAGAAAUCUUCAGAUUGGGGUGAAAUGGAUUGUUCUUUGGUCUCUGAACAAACUCCAGAUUGCCGUGAAGAAGAAAGACUAAAAACAUCUGUUCCACAAAAAAAGAAAAUGAGGAAUCUUUUAAUCACCAUUGAAAAUGAUUCUCCACUAGAGGAACUAUCCAAAUUUGUGGAUAUCAAUGUUAUUGCACUUACUAGAAAUCGAAGAACAAGGAGAUGGUACACUUGCCCACUGUGUGGGAAACAGUUUAAUGAAAGUUCUUACCUCAUUUCCCACCAGAGGACUCACACCGGAGAAAAACCCUAUGACUGUAGUCAUUGUGGGAAAAGCUUCAAUCAUAAAACAAACCUCAAUAAACAUGAGCGAAUCCAUACAGGGGAGAAACCUUAUUCCUGUUCUCAGUGUGGGAAAAACUUUCGUCAGAAUUCUCAUCGGAGUCGACAUGAAGAAAUUCAUAUACGCGAAAAAAUAUUUCGGUGUAUAGAAUGUGGGAAAACCUUCCCAAGGAAUGCAGACUUUGUGCUUCAUCUGAAGAGUCAUGAUGCUGUGAGGCCAUAUAGUUGCAAAAAAUGUGGGAGGAGAUUUGGCCGGCUUUCAAACUGUACCCGGCAUGAGAAAACCCAUGUGGCAUUUAAGACCCAAAAGCUUAAGUGGGACCAGGAAAGUUCUGAUGGUCCUACCUCAAACUGAAAAGUUUUGUAAGAAAUUCUGAAUUCCCAGGCUAUCUGAAAAGAUAGAGAUGUGAAAAACCUCAUUAUAGCCAAAAUUGUAUAUAUACCCAUGUUGGUUGAAACCUCAAGUUGUUAGAAAAUUCACAGCAAAAUAAACGACUUUAAGGGCUAUACCUCAAUUAGCAUCCAGGCUUUUUGGACUAAGGAUCUUUUGUUUGUGAAGUUGUACAACAGUGUACAGAUCACAUACCUUUUCUGAGAAAGACUGAAUGUUUAGUCUAGAGCCUGCUUACUUGUGAACAGAGUAUCUCAUGUCUAUUGAAAGUUAACCCUUUUAUUUCCCAUGUGGGAAUUCACACUUGAAAAAAAGAAUGCAAAGUUCCCUGUCUGGAACUGUGUUUCUCUGAAAGAACCAUCCUACUGAUUUGUAAAGCCAACAGCUUCUAAUAGCAAUUCAUAUAACCCUCUUAAGACCACCCUGUUCAGGCUUGAUUGUUGAAAGGAAUUGUUUACUUCGAAUAUGGGAAAACCGCAGCAUUUGAAUGUCAAAGACUUAUUUGUAUGUGAUCAAAACUAAUAACCAAUAACAUUUGCAAUUUGUGGUGAAAA